AUGGAUUGCCGGAAGCAGCAACAUCGUAUGGAGCGGCCGUGGGAUGUGCCCAAGGAGGAGCUUGCCGUCUAUGCACUUGAAGCACUGGAAGAGGAAAUGGAGAUACAGAAAGGUGCUGAAGAUGAAGCGAUACUCGCUUGCCAGUACUACAUCCAGAUGCAUCAACUUUCCAAGGAAGCAUUUGUCUUUGUUUGUCAAAUUGUUCUUCUGCCUUUUUGGGCACUAGCAUGUUCAGGUGGCUACGUUGUGUUAACUUCUCCUGUAGCUGGGAGCAUAUAUAUGGUUCGGAUUCGUGAUCGAUUAAUAAUGCUGGAUCUAACACAAUUCGCAUUUGGACUUCGUUAUUGUGCCACUAUGAACCCCCAGCCACCGGUGCGCGCAACAUCUUUGUGUUUGUUGCAUUUUAAUACUUGCUCCGACUCGGAAAAUAUCUGUGGGAGAAGAAACGGUGGAGCGCGUGGCAGCCGACCGUGCCCGACGAGGCCGCUCUGCCUCAAACUGGUCAAGAACAAGGCCCUGGUGAAGAAGAACCGAAUUUGUCGCGAUGAGAAUCAACCGCCGACCCCAACACGGGACGAGGCGGUGGCGGAGGACCAAGAGAAUCUGCGGCCGCCUCCGACCCGAGACUGGCCAAAGGGGGACUUCAAGGAGGAGGACUCCAUCACCAUGUACCGUCGAACCUGGGAGAGAAGGUGGGCUGACCGUUUCGGCUCCUUCGACGACCAAACAAGUAUCGGUCCCAUGUGCUACACAUCUGAACCACCCACCCCGGAAUACCUUUUCAGAGAACAGACUGUGCAGAUCUUCUCCAUCAGGGUCAGGACCCCAACAGAUGGUCUCAAGUGGCCGCUGCAUGUCCAUGGCUAUGUCGCCACCAGAGACUCAAUGGAUCAUAAUCGCAACUAUCUCUUCAGGCGCACAGGGAUAACUGCCAAACCUUCACCCAGAAGGAUCCAUUCUUGUUGCUAACGGGCCCAUCCCGUGCGGUAGUGUACCUUGGUCCGAUCACAUUUGAAGUCCAGCUAAAAGUAAAGGGCGAAGGAGAGUCCGAAGAUGAGAUGCUGGCUUUUGGUGUCUUCUACUAUGGUGAUGGGAAUGCUUGUGCACGCAAGCUCUCUAUGUCUGUCCCCUACAAGCGGUGCACACUCGAGUAUGAAGUGGCGCUUCGGCCACGCUCGGUCGAGGCCACCAUCAGUAUCAAGGUCAUUGAUGGGUCAUGGCCAGAGAACCACCAUGGACAAGUCGUUGCCCUCACCUCCGGUGUGGAUGGGAAGGUCAUCCUGCUAGACGGAGAACUGCCCGUCGGUCCGGACGGCGCGAUCGAGCUCUCAAGGCGAGUUGUUUCUGUGGAUUUAAGAGAGAAACUGAUAGUUGCUGUGGAUGCUUCCCUGUCCGGUUUUCCCGCGCAAGCCACCGCCGAAUUCAUGCCGGAGAACUCUGGCAUGAGCGGCCGCAUUUGCGACCUCGGUUCCUGCAAGAUUCAAGUCACCGUUGCUUGGUCCCUCUUUGUUAUUGUUUUGUGAACAGACUCUGUUGGGUGGUGCUUGGUGGUUGCUCGACCGCUUUUGAAACACUAGAUCGUGUUGUGUAGUGUUUGGUGGUUGCUCAACCGCUGUUGAAACACUAGAUUGCGUGGGUAGUGUUUGGUGGUUGCUCGACCGCUGUUGAAACACUAGAUUGUGUGGGUAGUGUUUGGUGGUUGCUCGACCACUGUCGAAGUGUUUCGAAGCUGUCCAGCUCUGUCUGUUUAGCCGUUUUCAGUGGUAGUGUCCCUAAAGCUGUUGAACUGUUCCUGUAUUAUCGUGUCAUGAUACUCGUUGAGCGAG